AAGCUGUACCCGAGCGGAAGUGACGCGGAGGAAGCCGUCGGCGUCUCAGCCCGCCCCCACCCGUGCCCCGCCCCCGCGGCGCUAGCGGAGCCAAGAUGGCGACCGAGCUGGAAUAUGAGUCUGUGCUGUGUGUGAAGCCCGACGUCAGCGUCUACCGGAUUCCGCCGCGGGCCUCCAACCGCGGUUACAGGGCAUCUGACUGGAAGCUAGACCAACCUGAUUGGACUGGUCGCCUGCGAAUCACUUCAAAAGGAAAGAUUGCCUACAUCAAACUGGAAGAUAAAGUUUCAGGGGAGCUCUUUGCUCAGGCCCCUGUAGAACAGUAUCCUGGGAUNGCUGUGGAGACUGUGACAGACUCCAGCCGCUACUUUGUGAUCAGGAUCCAGGAUGGUACCGGGCGCAGUGCAUUUAUUGGCAUCGGCUUCACGGAUCGGGGAGAUGCCUUCGACUUUAACGUUUCCCUGCAAGAUCACUUCAAGUGGGUAAAGCAGGAAACUGAGAUUUCCAAAGAAUCGCAGGAAAUGGAUAAUCGUCCCAAGUUGGAUUUAGGCUUCAAGGAAGGACAGACCAUCAAGUUGAGUAUUGGGAACAUUACAGCCAAGAAAGGAGGUGCUUCUAAGCCCCGGGCCUCAGGAACGGGAGGCCUGAGCUUACUCCCACCUCCACCUGGAGGCAAAGUCACUAUUCCCCCGCCAUCCUCCUCAGUUGCCAUCAGCAACCAUGUCACCCCACCACCUAUUCCAAAAUCUAACCAUGGAGGUAAUGAUUCAGAUAUCCUGUUAGAUUUGGAUUCUCCGGCUCCUGUCUCAACUUCAGCACCAGCUCCAGUUUCUACAAGCAAUGACUUGUGGGGAGACUUCAGCACUGCAUCCAGCUCAGUUCCUANCCAGGCACCACAGCCAUCUAACUGGGUCCAGUUUUGAGUAGCAUUGGAAAGAAGUAAGAACACUUGAAGAAUAAAAAUGACCUCGAGGGCACCAUUUUCUGAGGGAGUUGAGGGACAGCUUCAUUUCCCAGAACCCAAAUCAGUGGUCAGUCUUUCCCGUAGCUUCUCUGUGCAUUCAGGCUGGAUUCUUUUUUGUUAUCUCUGUGUACUUGCUGUAUAGCCAGGGGACAAUCUGCUGUUUCCUGCUCAUAACCAAGCAGGGGAGUAGUGGGAAUUAUCACACUGACCAACUUUGCAGAGUUCAGAAGGCCAGCUUUAUGAGUGGGAGUGACCUCUAACAUACAUACGUAAGUUCUUGAACUUAUUUCAGAAUCAUCUCAUGAUUCCCUAGUUAGCAAUUUCAGGAGAGACAAAUGCCUUGAAACUGUCUUAUCCACCAAUCUAAGACUAAAAAUGGGCAGGCUGGCCCCAGGACUCACAAAGUUUGGGUUUUCAUAGGGUUAGAUUUGGAGAAAGCUGUGUCCCAGUUCUUUUCUGUAAGGCCUCCUUCAGGCUUAUCCCAUUCAGUGAACAUCCCGUGCUGGGUGGAGCCCCAUCACCUUCUUGUGUGUUUACAUAUUUUUU